UGGACCACACAAGACCCACCGACCAGUGCGAGGUAUACCUGGAGCACACGACGACAUUGCAAUAAUCGUAUUCCCGAAACCAUAAUUCGGUUUCGUGUACUAUUAUUCGUAUAUAGAAGCAAGCAGCGAAAACUACGUGAUCAUGCAGCAGUUCUGGAUCUCGAUGUUGUUGGUGAGUGUCGGUGCGUCCUUAGUCUGCGCCGAUGCCGUGAAGGCCGCCUCCGCUGAGAAGCCAACGGAAAAGAAGCAAGGCAAACGAGGCCUUUGGGGCUUGGGCUAUGGAUACGGUGGACACAGCGAGUGGGACGGCCUGUCCAACUACGGUCUGUUGGGCACGGACCACAGCUACGGACACAUCAGUUCUGUGCACGUCACCAAAGAGGUGCCAGUCAUCGUUGACCGACCGAUCGUCGUGCCGGUCGAAAAACACGUUCCGUACCCAGUGGCCGUCGAGAAACCAGUGCCGUAUCCCGUGCACAUCGAGAAGCACGUCCCGGUGCCCGUAGACCGUCCAGUGCCAUACCCGGUCAAGGUACCGGUCAAGAUCCCGGUCGCCCAUCCCGUGCCCUACCCCGUGUACGUGCAACAGCACUUGCCCGUCUACGUCAAGGAACACCACGGGCACGGUUACGGAACCUACGACUUCGGUCACGACCACGGUUACGGUUUCAGCAGCAGUUACGCGAUCCACAUUAACGGAGUCAGAGGGGAAUGUGAAGCAAAAGAAAAAACAAUACCGGUAUCUCGGCAGAAUUAUAAAAGCCCUAGCGAGCCAGUGUUUGGCAUCAGUUGUAUCAGUGGCAAUCAUACCAAUACCAUCAUAACCAUCAUCAUGAAAUUCUUCAAGGCUUGUGUUGUCGGUUUGGCUUUAAUAGCUCACUGUGUUGCUGAGGAUGCAAAGACCGAUAACAAACAGACCAACAAGAGAAGCUUAGGCCUUUCAGGAUCAUCGUCGUACGGACUCUCCGGUCUGUCCGGAUACUCCGGGUCAUACGGAUACGGUUCCGGUCUGCCUUCAUACUCACCUGGUAUCGGCCUCGCCUCCCCCAUCAGCCACUCAUAUGUUGCUCCCUCUAGCUACGGAUACGCCGCCCCAGCUAGUCUUGGAUAUUCUUCCUUGGCUGGUCACGGUUACUCAGCCCCGAUCGGUCUUGGAUACGCUUCCUCCGCCGGACUCGGAUACGCUUCUUCCGCUGGACUCGGUUACUCCGCCGCCCCGAUCGGUCUUGGCUACGCCGCUUCUUCUGGUUAUGGAAUAGCUGCUCCGUCUUACGGUUACGGUAUCUCAGCCGCUUCAUCCGUCCCAACCAGAGUCAGCACUUCCAACCAGGUCGUGUCCGUGUCCGUACCACAGCCAUACGCUGUUCCAGUGACCCGUCACGUUCCCGUACCAGUCGCACAACCCGUGCCAGUGUCUGUACCUAGAGCUGUCCCAGUCAGCGUACCUCACCCAGUUCCCGUCACCGUCAACAAACCGUACCCAGUUGAUGUUCCCAGGGCUGUCCCAGUCAGCGUGCCCCACCCAGUUCCAGUCACCGUCAGCAGACCAGUGCCAUACCCAGUGCCACAGCCAUACCCAGUAGAAGUACAACAAGCUGUCCCAUACUCCGUCCCGACCCCAGUCGUCGCCCCAGCUCCAGUCUCUUAUGCCGUCGCCGCUCCAGCUCCAGUCUCUUACGCCGUCGCCGCUCCAGCUCCAGCUUCGUACGCCAUUUCUGCUCCAGCUCCAGCAAUCAGCAUCGCCUCCGCACCAGCUUACGCAUCGGAAUCUUACGCCGCACCAGCAGCUAGCAUCGCCUUGAGCGCACCAUCUUACUCAUCAGCGUCUUACGGCGCCGCCGCUCCAUCAUACUCUGCCGCGUCUUACGGCGCCGCCGCUCCAUCAUACUCUGCCGCGUCUUACAGCGCCGCUGCUCCGUCAUACUCUGCCGCAUCUUAUAGCGCCGCCGCUCCAACAUACUCUUCCGCGUCUUACAGCGCCGCCGCUCCAUCAUACUCUGCAUCGUCUUACAGCGCUGCCGCUCCAUCAUACUCGUCGUCGUCUUACAGCGCCGCCGCUCCAUCAUACUCUUCCACAUCUUACAGCGCUGCCGCCCCAUCAUCAUACUCGUCGGCCUCGUCCGAUUACUCCAGCAUCCAGUCCGGCAGCGGAUACAGCUCAUCGUCGGGCAUCAGUUCCUCAUACGGACCACCGUCGACAAGCUAUUCCGGCAGCAGCGAAUACAAGAAGUAUUAAAUCGUUCACUAUGCUUGAUUUACGUCCCGGCGGGCGAACUCUAUUCGUUUAGAUGUUCGUAAUACUUUAAUACUUUUUUUACACUUAUGAUGUAUACUACUUGUUAAUGUUUUGUACUUUCACAACUUUUCGUAUAACUGUUAUGUUAGUUUGAAUUUGUCGUGUCGUUUAUUAAAUAAAAAUGAAUAUGACUGAAAAUUA